UCCAUUGGCUGCCGCAUUCGGGGGGCGGGGUCAGCCCUCGUGUCAUGUGAGGGCGCGGUCACGUGAGCGCCGCUGUCAUGGCGGUGGCCGGGGCGGCGGCGCUGCCGCUGCUGCUGCUGCUGCUGAGCGGGGCGGCCGCGGGCUGCGGGUACCAGUCGUGCCCCCCGACCCGGCCGGACAUGCUGAACGUGCACCUGGUGCCGCACUCGCACGACGACGUGGGCUGGCUCAAGACGGUGGAUCAGUACUACUAUGGGGUGCGGAACCGGGAGCAGCACGCGGGCGUGCAGUACAUCCUGGACUCGGUGGUGGCCCAGCUGGCCGCCCGGCCCUCGCGGCGCUUCGUCUACGCCGAGGUGGCGUUCCUGGCACGCUGGUGGCGGCAGCAGGGCCCGGCCACGCGCAGGCUGCUCCGGGAGCUGGUGCAGCAGGGGCGGCUGGAGCUGGUCGGGGGGGGCUGGUGCAUGAACGACGAGGCCGCGGCUCACUACGGGGGGGCCCUGGUGCAGCUGGCCCUGGGCCGGCGCUUCCUGCGCCGCCUCUUCGGGGGCUGCGGCACGCCGCGCGUGGCCUGGCAGAUCGACCCCUUCGGGCACUCCCGCGAGCUGGCCGCCACCUUCGCCCAGAUGGGCUACGACGGGCUCUUCGUGGGCCGCGUGGACUACCAGGACAAGUGGGCGCGGCAGCAGCGCCGGGAGCUGGAGCUGCUCUGGAGGGGCAGCGAGAGCCUGGCCCCCCCCCGGGCCGACAUCUUCACCGGGAUCCUGCCCAACGUGUACGACCCCCCCGCGGGGCUGUGCUGGGACCAGCUCUGCACCGACCCCCCCGUGGUGGACGGGGACGGCCCCGAGCGCAACGUGGACGCCGUGGUCACCUCCUUCCUGCGGGCAGCGGCCACCCAGGCCCGGCACUACCGCACCAACCACAUCCUGAUGACCAUGGGCUCCGACUUCCACUACGAGAACGCCAACCUGUGGUUCAAGAACCUGGACAAGCUCAUUGCCCACGUCAAUGCCCGGCAAGCCAACGGCAGCCUCGUCCACGCCCUGUACUCCACCCCCUCCUGUUACCUGUGGGAGCUGCACCGGGCCAACCUCACCUGGCCCCUGAAGACGGACGAUUUCUUCCCCUACUCGGACGGGCCCCACCAGUUCUGGACCGGCUACUUCAGCAGCCGCCCGGCCUUCAAGGGCUACGAGCGGCUCAGCAGCGGCUUCCUGCAGAUCUGCAGCCAGCUGGAAGCCCUGGCCGGGCCCUCGGCGCGGGACGGUCCCUACGGCCCUGGGGACAGCUCGGUGCUCCGUGAGGCCGUGGCUGUGGCCCAGCACCACGACGCCGUGGCCGGCACUGAGAGGCAGCACGUGGCCGACGACUACGCCCGGCAGCUGGCCAAGGGCUGGGACAGCUGCCAGGUGCUGGUGGCCAACGCCCUGUCAAUCCUGGGGGGCACCAAGGACCCCCUGGUGUUCUGCAACGCCCUCAACAUCAGCGUGUGCCCCCUCAGCGAGACCACCCCUCACUUCACCGUGAUCCUCUACAACCCCCUGGGCUGGGGCGUGACCUGGCCCGUGCGGCUGCCGGUCAGGGCCACCUCGUACUCUGUGACCGACCCUCAGGGCCAGCCCGUGGCCAGCCAGGUGGUCCCGGUGUCCGGCGUGACCCGGCGGCUGCGGGGCGGCGCCGGGACGGCCCCGGGGGAGCUCCUGUUCCAGGCCUGGGCCCCCCCCCUGGGGUUCAGCACCUUUGAGGUGAAGCAGCUGAGCCCAGGGACCCCCUGGGACACCCCCAGCUGGCCCUCGGGGACCCCCUGGGACCCUCCCAGGUGGCCCUCGGGGGACCCGGAGCCGCACAUUGAGAACGAGCACCUGCGGGUCCGGUUCGACCCCGUCACGGGGCACCUGCUGGAGAUCCAGAACCUGGCCAAGGGCAUCUCGCUGCCCGUCUUCCAGAGCUUCUACUGGUACAACGCCAGCACCGGGGACGGGCUGAGCCCCCAGGCCUCGGGUGCUUACAUCUUCCGGCCCAACGCCUCGGCGCCCAUCCCCGUGGCCAAGCGCGCGGCCACGCACCUGCUCAAGACGGCGCUGGUGCAGGAGGUGCAGCAGAACUUCUCGGCGUGGUGCUCGCAGGUGCUGCGGCUGCGCCCGGGGCAGCCGUACCUGGAGCUGGAGUGGACCCUGGGGCCCAUCCCCGUGGCGGACGGGCUGGGCAAGGAGGUGAUCAGCCGCUUCGAGACGCCGCUGCGCACGGCCGGCCGCUUCUACACCGACUCCAACGGGCGCCAGGUGCUGGAGCGCAGGCGUGACUACCGGCCCACCUGGAACCUGAGCCAGACUGAGCCCGUGGCAGGGAAUUACUACCCCGUGAACACCCGGAUCUUCAUCAAGGACGAGAAGCUGCAGCUGACGGUGCUGACGGAUCGCUCGCAGGGCGGCAGCAGCCUCCAGGACGGCUCCCUGGAGCUGAUGGUGCACCGGCGGCUGCUGAGGGACGACGGCCGGGGGCUGGGGGAGCCCCUGGACGAGCGGGGCGCGGACGGGCGGGGGCUGGUGGUGCGGGGCCGGCACCUGGUGCUGCUGGACGCGGCGGGGCUGGGGGGGUCACCUGUGACAGGUAAGUGUAGAGAAGUUGGGGGAGGGUCACCUGUGCCAGGUGAGGGCCAGGCUGUCCUGUGCCAGGUGCAUGCCAAGCUGUCCCGCGCUCACCUGUGCCAGGUGCGUGCCAGGCUGCCCCGCACUCACCUGUGCCAGGUGAGGGCCAGGCUGUCCCGUGCCAGGUGCGUGCCAGGCUGUCCCGUGCCAGGUGAGGGCUGCCCCGCGCUCACCUGGCCGUGCCCGCAGGUGUCGGGGCUGCGCCGGGCGCUGCCCCCCAACGUGCACCUGCUGACGCUGGAGCCGCGCGGCGCCGGCGCCGUCCUGCUGCGCCUGGAGCACCUGUUCCAGGUGGGCGAGAGCCACAACGGCUCCCGCGCCGCCACCGUGGACCUGACGACCCUUUUCUCGGCCUUCACCAUCACCUCGGUGCAGGAGAUGGCUCUGGGGGGGGACAUCCCCCUGCACAGCGUGUCCCGCCUGCUCUGGAACACCCCCACAGGCACCCCCAAACCCCGGCCUGUGGCCAGGCUGGACCCGCGGCGCGUGCGGCUGGAGCCGAUGGAGAUCCGAACCUUCCUGGCCUCUGUGCAGUACCGGGGGCCUGGGGGGUCCUGAGAGACCCCCCACCCAAAAAAACAAAUCAAAUUCAA